UUCCCCCCUUCGAUCACAUACGUCUGAUCAGUGUGUGUUGUCAUUAUAUCAGAGUCUGUGGCCUUCAUCCUUUUGAGUUUUCUAUCGUCUGAAAAUGUCUUGCUGUGGCGGAAACUGUGGAUGCGGAAGCGGCUGCAAGUGCGGCAGUGGAUGUGGCGGUUGCAAGAUGUACCCAGAUUUGAGCUACACUGAGCAGACAACCACGGAGACUCUGGUCAUGGGAGUCGCACCGGUGAAGACUCACUACGAGGGAGCCGAGGUGGGCGAAGGCGCUGAGAAUGGCUGCAAGUGUGGAGACAACUGCACUUGCAACCCCUGCAACUGCAAGUGAGGGGAAAGAAGAAGAAGCUAGAAGCAGAGAUGGGUCCUUUAGGCGUAAUAACUAAUAUAGAAUAAGCGUAUGUUAAGAGGUGUGGUAUGGUGAUUUGGAGUGGUAGAAUAAAGUGGUUAUGGCUUGAUUAAUCACCUCUCUGGCUAACUCUAGUUUUCCUAGGGUUUGCCGUGUGUGAUGAUCUCAGGUCAUGGCUGCUUUGUUUUGUGCUUGGUUGUGUUGUGUAAAAUUUUAGCUAAUCUGAACUGGAAAUCUCUGCGUUUUAAUGGAAUCAUAUUAUGGUAUUUGAUGAA